CGUAACUCGGUCCUCACUCCACAGCGCCGCGCAAUGGCGCGGCGGCUGCGCCUGCUGCCCCUCCUCGCCGCGGCCGUGGCGUGCUCCCUGCUGCGCGCGUGCGGCGCCGGCGCCGCCGAGGCGACCACCGGCACGCUCGGCCUCCGCCACAAGCCGCCGAGGCAGCAGCACAACAGCACGCGGCACGCCGGUGGUGGGCGCCCCCGAGCCGGCGGCGGCGGUCGCGGCGCAGCAGGCGGCCCCGGCACGGGCAUGGCGACGUGCAACCUGUUCCAGGGCAGCUGGGUGUACGACGACUCGCUGCCGAUGUACGACGCGGCGGGGUGUCCCUUCGUGGAGCCGGAGUUCGACUGCCAGAAGUACGGCCGCCCCGACAAGCAGUACCUCAAGUACCGGUGGCGCCCGGCCUCCUGCGAGCUCCCGAGGUUCAACGGGCAGGACCUCCUGAGCCGAUGGAAGGGGAAGAAGGUACUGUUCGUGGGUGACUCCAUCAGCCUGAACCAGUGGGAGUCGCUGGCGUGCAUGCUGCGCGCGGCGGCGCCGGCCUCCAAGGUCGCCUACACCAGGGGCAACCCCGUCUCCACCGUCACGUUCCAGGUUCGUACACGUACCGCACACUGCCCCUGCCGUCGCGUAGGGGCCCCGUUGCAUCAGCGCGAAAUGGAAAAGAAGCCACAACGGCUGGACCCGGACUACGGGCUGUCGGUGGCCUACUACCGGAGCACCUACCUCGUGGACAUCGUCGAGGAGCCCGCCGGCCGGGUGCUCAAGCUCGACUCCAUCACCGCCGGCGGCGCGUGGCUCGGCGCCGACGUCCUCGUCUUCAACACGUGGCACUGGUGGACGCACACCGGCAGGGACCAGCCGUGGGACUAUGUGCAAGACGGAGGGCAGAUGAUGAAGGACAUGGACCGCCUCACGGCCUUCUCGAAGGGGAUGUCCACAUGGGCCAGGUGGGUCGACACCAACGUCGACACAUCCAGGACCAAGGUCUACUUCCAGGGCAUCUCUCCGACCCACUACAACGGAGCCGAGUGGGGCGAGGGCUCGAGGAACUGCGCGCAGCAGACGCAGCCGGUCGCCGGGUCGGCGUACCCGGCGGGCCCCGUGCCGGCGCAGGCCGCGGUGCGGGCGGCGCUCGGCGGCAUGUCGAAGCCGGUGUACCUGCUCGACGUGACGCUGCUGUCGCAGCUCAGGCGGGACGGGCACCCGUCGGCCUACAGCGGCGGCCACCCAGGCAACGACUGCAGCCACUGGUGCCUCGCCGGCGUGCCCGACACGUGGAACCAGGUCCUCUACGCGUCGCUCCUCGCAUAGGACCCCCCCGGGAAAACAGAAAGGCAUACCAUACCGGCUGAUCCAAUUGGCGCAAGCUAUAGCCAUUUCCCAUUUUUUUCGGUGCUGUUGUUUCAGGGGAGUAUUUAAAUUGGUGAUUCAGUUGCUGUUCAGCAUCAAAAUCAUGUACUACUACAGAGGAUGGAUUUUCUUUGCUCUUCGAUAGGAGAAGAUAAAUUAGGGUGACCUGAACACAAUUUGAGAUGUCUGAUAGCAUGGAUUAACUGAUGGCAGCAACCAGCAAGUGGUUAUGCCUGAAGGUUGAUGCAGCUCGAAGACAAUAUUCAGAAAGCACUGAAAGUGAGGUCAUUUCCUGAA